GCCAAGGAUAGGACGAAUGAUGAAAUGGACGACAAGCGGAACCGCAAUCCAAAGGAUAGGACGACUAACAAGGUCGAUGGCCAUACGGAGGAUAGGAAGAAUGACGAAACAAGUGAUAAAUUGGACGACAAGCUGAACACCAAUCCAAAGGAUAUGACGACUGGCAAGGCGGAUAACAAAACGGAAGACAAGCAGAACGACAGUCCAAUCCUUAUCUCACUCGACACUUUAAGGGAUCUUGUGAAGGAAAUGGCAGCUGCCAAGAUGGAUGACAAGACGAACAACCCGACAAGUGGUACGGCAAAUGACGUGCAGAACAUCAAUCUAAACAACGCCACACUUGCCACUUUAAAUGAUGUGGUCAAAAAGAUGUCACAGGGGACGGUGAAUGUCACGAUGGAUGACAAGACGAACAACACGAUAGAGGACCCGGCAAAUGACGGGCAGAACAGCGAUGCAGAUUACGCCAUGGUCAACGCCUUGGCGGAUUUGCUAAAAGAAAUGUCAAAGACGAACGAUACGGCAGACAGCACGGCAAAAGACAAGAAGGGCAGCAAGGAAGACUACGACAAGGAGCUGGACAAGAAGCUGAAACAAAUGUCAACUGACAUGAUAAGGGACAUGGUAAAGAAGAAGCUGGAAGAGGCGGAGGGCAGGAUAAACGGCCUCCCAAAGGACCACCCAGACAACAGACCCACGAACUACAUUCCCAAGAAACAUGUAGGCAGCGGGGCAAAACGCAACCUCACGGAGCUCCUCUUCAACCGGCCGCUCACGUACUCGGAAUACACGGCGCGCAACUGGAUGUGGCUGCGGUGCCGCACAUUCACCAGCAACCAGUUCGACGUGGGCGGCAACUGGCCGGGCCACUUCGGGAGCUGGUUCCUGGGGAAGCUGCACGAGACGAAAUGCGCGCCCAUCAACUGGCAGUUCGAGUACGUCAACGGCCAGCGCUGGGGCGACGCCUACGUGGCCUUCGACUGGUGGUCGACCGGGUGCGACCAGAUCCGCGCCGUCAAGGCGGCCAUCAAGGCGGCGGCCAAGUCGGCGACCGAGAUGCGGCGCGAGCUGUACAUCUACAACUGCGUCGGCUUCAACGACUACCCGUGGUCGUUUGUCGAGAUGCGCAAGGGCGAGCCCUUGAUGAUGCAACGCAACAAGGGCCUGGGCAUGGACCCGGCCGCCACGGCGCAGCAGAAGUGGGAGAACGGCGAGAAAGUGCCCGGCUUCCACCCGCUUGUCUCGAAUGCGGAUGAUGAUCAGGCGAAGAAGGCGGAGGAGGAGGAGGAGGCCGCGAAGGAGAAGAAGGAGGCCGCCGCCGCGAAGGCUGCCGCGGAUGCUGUUAGGGCGGCCACCGCCAAUGCCGAUGAUCCAUAUUGAUGCGCUUGUUGUGUUGUGUUGUAUUCUUU